AUGGUACCGCCGGUCCGUACAGAGAAGGACGAAAAUGCGAUCGCGCACGCGAGGACGUUGGAUCGGGUGCCCUGGUGCGAAGACUACGAAAAGAUGAUCUCGGGCAUGCUUUACAGCUGCAUGGCGCCCGAGCUGGUUGAGUCAAGGAACCGUGCCAGACGCCUGGCGCAGAGGUUCAACACUUACGUCCCGGAAGAGACGGCGUCCGCCGACGAUGUCGCCAACACCAGGGUGGGCAUGAUCAAGGAACUGUUCGGCAGGAUUGGGGAUGACGUCUACGUUGAGCCCAGUCUGCAGGUGGAUUAUGGCUGCAACAUCACGGUUGGAGACCGGUUCUACGCCAACUUCAACUGCGUCAUUCUCGACUGCGCCCAUGUCACCAUUGGCGACAGAGUCUUUUUUGCGACGGGGGUGAGCCUCAUCACGGCAACUCACGAGACGGGCUUGCAGUCAAGGAGAGACAACAUCGAGUACGCGGAGCCCAUCACCAUUGGGGACGACUGCUGGCUCGGAGCAAACGUCACGGUGCUGCCUGGAGUCAAGAUAGGCAAGGGUUGCACAAUCGGCGCGGGAGCUCUCGUAAGCAAAGACAUUCCGGAUUACUCAGUUGCAGUUGGCGUUCCAGCCAAGGUCAUCAAGAAGGUAGACCCCGUGGAUUAG